AGUCAGAACUCAGAUCAACUCUUCUACCGAAGCUAAACUCUAGCUUUCACCAAGAAAGGAAAAAUAAAAAAGACAGUGAGCCGGAGCAGCAGUUGGGAACAAGACAAGAGAUCAACUUGAUCAGAAAAGUUUCUCAAGCUCAAAACUCUGACGCUAAAGGAAGACUUUUUCCGAGAAGGUGUUUUUGGAAGAAUCUAAAUUAAUUACUAAAGACAAGAGAAGAUGGUUGCAAGAAUGAUUUUGCUGCCUCUGCUGUGCAUCAUGCUUUCCUACAUGGCUGCAGGUCAGGAGUGCAGCGGCCAGUGUUCGUGCCCGUCCACCCCUCCUCAGUGCCCCCCAGGUGUCAGCCUGGUGCUGGAUGGCUGUGGCUGCUGCAGGGUGUGUGCCAAACAGAUGGGGGAGCUCUGCACUGAGAAAGACGUCUGUGACCCGCACAAAGGCCUCUACUGUGACUUCGGAGCUCCCAACAACAGACGCAUAGGAGUUUGCACAGCUCGAGACGGAGCCACUUGUGUGUUUGGCGGCACAGUGUACAGGAGCGGAGAGACUUUCCAGAGCAGCUGCAAGUACCAGUGUACCUGUCUGGACGGAGCCAUCGGUUGUGUGCCUCUUUGCUCCAUGGACAUCCGGCUGCCCAGCCCAGACUGCCCCAACCCAAGGCGUGUGAAAGUGCCUGGAAAGUGUUGUGAGGAGUGGGAAUGUGGUUCUUCCGACACAAAGGAGAAUGAAACUCCCACCACAAAAAGCUUCAUGGGCCCUGUUUUGUCUGCAUACAGGAAGGAGGAGACCUAUGGCCCAGAUCCUUUUAUGAUGAGAGAGAACUGCCUGGUUCAGACGACUGAAUGGAGCGCCUGCUCAAAGACAUGCGGCCUGGGAGUAUCUACCAGGGUCACCAACGAUAACCGUGAAUGCCGCCUAGAAAAACAGACCCGGCUGUGCAUGGUGAGACCAUGCGAGUCUCAGCUGGAGCAGAGCAUUAGGAAAGGGAAAAAGUGCAUCCGUACUCCCAGAGUCUCCAAACCCAUGAAGUUUGAGAUCUCUGGCUGCACCACCACCAAGUCCUACAGGCCAAAGUUCUGCGGUGUCUGCCUGGACGGCCGCUGCUGCACCCCGCACAGGACCACCACCCUGCCCAUGGAGUUCAAAUGUCCCGAUGGAGAAGUAAUGAAGAAGCACAUGAUGUUCAUCAAGUCCUGUGCCUGCCACUACAACUGCCCCGGGGAGAACGACAUCUUCGAGUCCAUGUAUUACAAGAAGAUGAUGGGAGACAUGGCGUGAGCCGCUCCUGGACGAUAGGCGCUUUUGACUUGAAAACAAACACAACUCCAUCUCAUUUUGCAGCUCAGUAUAUAUGUUUAUCAUGUUUUAUUUUGCCAUUUUCUCAUUGUAAAAGUAACCCAGGCACUCGUCUUAGUGCCUGUAUGUUUUGUACAGCUGAUGAAGAUCAGCCUCAUAGACUCAGACAGAGGGUUGCUUAGCAGCUCCAAAAGAUCCCUGCACUAUAACUUCUUUUUUUUCUUUUUUUUUUUUUUUUUUUGACAACCCUGCUGUCAGGUUUCCGCCCAAAUCCCUUGAAAGCCUUUUUACAAACCCGUCCAUUUUACUGUAUGCAUUUUAUACCUUAUCUAAACCUUGACCUCCUCUCUAAAUGAGGUGUCUAAUAAGUCCCUCCACCCUCCCAGUCCAAGACCAGACCUGUAAACUCUAAGCAGCUGUAGAGGGAGCAUGCAGUCCACAGCAGGCCAGUGUUCCCCUGUCCAAACAGGUCUGAAUGUGUCCUUGUAUGUGUGUGUGUGUGUGUGUGUGUGUGUGCGUGUCUGAAUUUUAGCCUUGUCUGUGUGUACGCUUUUCACUGUGCUUACAGAGUAGAGGAAAGGUCAGAGUUUCUGCCCUGGAUGAGAAAGCAAGCAGCAUGCUGAGUUUAGGGUUAGAUAAUGGAGUACAGUGGGCUUUGCCACGGCACUGAGAAAAGAAGAAAAAAACAUUUUGACUAUUCAGACUGAUUCAGGUCAGAAGGAGGGGAAAAAAGCAUCUACAGGAACAAAAUGUCUAUUUUGUACAAAAAAAUAGAAGAAGAAGAGACUGGAAGAAUUUUAAUUUCAUUCCUUUAAAAAAAUACUGAUGUAUAUACUUUGUAUAUAUGUGUACAGUUUAAGUUAAUUUAAAAAGCCAAAUGUUUUCUGUGCUUCGAAAUGUAUCAGUGGUGUAUUUUUGGUUAUUUUUUACUAUUUUAUUGAGAAGUGUGACAAAAAUGUUACAUGUUUCACUUUGUAGCUGGAAAUAAAAUCUUAUAUUUUUUAUACAAAA